AUGCCAUCUCGAGCAGGAAUUGUUCGGCGUCAAAGCAUUGCACUCGGCCGCUCUGGCCCACGGUCCAAGAAUGGAUGCUCGACAUGUCGCCUGAGACGAGUUCGCUGUGAUGAGAGGCGACCAACCUGUGGCCACUGUGAUCGACUCAAACUUGAAUGCGAAUAUCAGCCUCCUCGGCCACGACGCAGUCAGCGACGGCCUCCUUCGCCAGACGACAGCUCAGUCAGUUCUCGGCAAGAUCUUGAUGCUGAUGCUGAUUCCAACUUGGACACAUCGCGAAGAUUCAGCAUGGUGACGGACGAGGCCAAUGAGUCUUCGUCUUCUUUCUCAGGAGUGACUUCAUUUCAGCCAGGAGUUGCUCUUCACGAUGCCCAGACUCUUUCUACCGGCGUCAAUGGCCAAUUCGGAGCCAUCACUGCAGAUAUAGAUUCCAAUGGACUAUCUACCGGCUCAAUAGCUUCUUAUAUAACACCUACAACAGCGGCAGCACUUGAUCUUGGCUCUUCAUCCAUACCUCCAGCAGAUCUUUCAGCAGACCUUUCACAAUCGCCGUGGAGCCCCAACUGGUUUGAUAGGGUGCCGCUCCCAGAUUCUGCUUUUUCGUUUACUUCACUAGGAUUUACUAGCGCUCUCAGCCCCAACUUCUUCACCUCUGAUCAAUCCUCUGGCUGGCACAUGGACGGCAACGCGACCUUGGCAGCAUCAAACGUGGACACCAGUCCAAAGAUCCAGAGCAUCACCCAAAACACAAACGACGGUCAGCUUGUCAGUAUCAAUAGCCAAGAGGGCACCGGACAGAUCAGCACAGGAUACAAACCAGCUUUUGCUUUCUCCCCACCGCUCUUAUCAGAUUCCCAGCAAGAGCUACUGCUUCGAACUUUUGAGUGCGCCAUCCAACCUCCGGCUUCGCUCGCCGGCAUCCACCCUUUGGGAUGGCCCAAGAUCAAGCAAUAUGUGCUUCAAAUGGCCAAUGGAAAACACAAUUCGAUCGAAUACGGGGCCGUCAUGCAUGCCCUUGCGGCUCUCAGUGCCAUGCUAUUCGAGCCUAGCCGACCAGCUGCUCUGGCUGCACUGGGGAGUCGCGUAUCUACCUGCCGGGAUGACUUUGGUCUCUUGUCCCUAAGAUUACAUGACGUGGCUUGCGCGGCACUCAAACUGAGUCUUUCGCAUGCGGGAUGGGAGGAACGAAGCAGCCAAGCACUAUUAGUGGUCAUAUUUUUGCUGGCUUGGUUUGAAACCGCCUAUGAUGGAAACGAUCAGGUCCACCCCAGCUUCCCAGAAGAUAUGGCGGAGCAAGUCAUCGUCAACGGCCGGGGCUGGGAUACCGGCUCUGCUAGUCUUUUCCAAUGGCUUGAUUCGUUUGACGCCAAGAUGUCUCACAUGGGCGGCCGCCAUCUCUUAUCGGAACCUGCCUUGGAGAUUAUCAGAAAGCGUCCAAAUGUUGCCGGCUCAACUAGCAUGGAAGUAUCAGACAAUGAUCCUCUCGGCAAUAUCGACGGCAUAUCUCCUACCACGAAGUCAAUAGAUGAAAGGGGCACAAAUGUCAGUGCAAAGUCUCGUAAUGGUGGCUCUAGACUCUCAACACUACUUACCGAACCGCCUGCAAUACCCAAGAAUGUAGUGUGUAUGGGUGUUUUCAACAUAUUGUUACAGCCCGCCUUCGAGUUUCAUAUGGCAUCUCAAGCCUAUUCGCGACGGGUUGGCUGCCACGAUCGCCAUCACCGCUCGCGCGGGACACCUGAAGAUGAAAUGGAGGUAAUGAAAGCAUGUAUGGGCUUUGAAGAGGAGCUAGAGGAGCUGUGGCGACGUCGUCCUAGUAUUCUUGAUUUAGACGCCUCACAGCUGCGGCUCUUUGUCAGUGAGAAUAUUGCUCGCAGGCUUGAACAACUUUUCAGCGUCUACAUUGCCACUUUCUGGGCUCAUUUCAUAUAUAUACAUCGUGUCGCCUACUGGACUUUACAGCACACCGCAAUUGCGCGCAAGGCUCUGAAGGAGACUGGCAAUAUGAUGCGUCGCAGCGUCGGCCAACCUAUACACCAGCACGCUUUUGACGCAAGCAUCUCACGCACGACAUCUACCGCUAUUCAUCCAGGCUUGAUGUGGGUAUGCUUCUUGUUUGGCUGUGAAGUGUCCGACCCCGUGCAGCAGGAAUGGGCGGUGUUACAGCUUCGAGCUCUCGGUCGGCUAAGUGGCAUGACAGAUAAACGACCAGCCUCAGCAUUUGAUAAUGAGGAAGAUGGGCUGCCUAUUGGAGGACUGGACCAAAAGGGGGCGCAGACGGCUCUCAAAGUGGCGCGCCUUCUGGAAGUGAUUAUCGAACGCCAGACUAAGCUCGGCGCUCGUGUGGAUGGCAAGUACUUGAGCCAAGAGAUCUUUGGCUGCCAUUUUUAUAUCAUAUAAUGCUUUAAUAGAACCACGUGGUUAAAUCU